AUGCUGUCCAACAAGUCUUCAUCAUUCGUAUCGGAAAAUACAAGCGAUUCAUCUUUUUAUAAGGAGAGAGAAGAAAGUUAUCGAGAUGAAACAAGAGGAAAUGUUACAAAACAUACAUUUAAUGUGGAUUUAACAAAGGAAUGUCCCAAACUGGAGGAAACAUACAAGUCUUGUUUUAAUGAUUGGUAUACGAAUGUGUUUUUGAAAGGAAAGGGAUUAGAGAAUGGGUGUAGAAACGAAUGGGAGGAUGUAAAAGCAUGUAUGAUGAUUCUGGUGAAUGAAAAGUCUCUCGAAAUCUCUGUUGAAAAAGGAGAAAAAGAAACGGAAUGGAAAAUUAAGAAUUUUGAUGAGUGA